GAACAAACCGCGUCCCUGCCCGGGCCCCCAGUCCCGUCUCUCCGCUGUCUCUGGCGGUCUGGCCCCUUCCAAGCUCAGCUCCACCACCCCGCGGCGCGACACUAAUUUAGUUGGAGCAGUAACACCCUGGGCUCGAGCUUGCAAGCACGACCAGCGCGGACGUCGUGGCGCGCAUGUGGGCGGCCUCUACAUCCCGCGUCCCACCUCCACCGCCUUCGUCGCCGUCGGCCUAGAUCCAGCGCGCUCCCGAGCUUCCAUCUCCUCCGAAGCCGCCACCCUCCGGCGGACAAAAGCGUCGGCGGCCGCGAGUUCCCGCUUGCGGUGGGAAAACAGGCGCCGCGAUGGCUGCGGGCCGCGCGCUUCUCCUGCUGCUCCUCUCGGCCGCCGCCCUUGCCGGGGUGGCCUCCGCCGCUGGCCCUUUCGUGUCCGAUGGCGUGUUCCAGGCGAGCGCCGGAUCUACGGGCAGGAGCUUGCUGCAGGCCAAGAAGAAUUGCGCCAUGAACUUUGAGUUCCAAAACUAUACAAUCAUCACAAGCAAGUGCAAAGGGCCAAAAUUUCCUGCCGACCAAUGCUGUGGUGCCUUCAAGGAAUUCGCGUGCCCAUUCCUUGAUUACAUCAAUGACGACAGCAGCGACUGUGCAUCCGCAAUGUUCAGCUACAUCAACCUCUAUGGCAAGUACCCCCCAGGCCUGUUUGCCAACAUGUGCCGUGAGGGCAAGAAGGGGCUUGCCUGCACAGAUGCCCAGAGGGCCACCACUGCCAAUGGUAGCCAACGAGCCCAAAGCAGCUCGCUUGUUUUGGCUACCCUUGUGUGUGGAUUAGUAGCAUUGUUGUUCCAUUGAAUGAUGAUGCCUUGGAUUUCGCCAAAGAUGGUGUUUUUUGUAGAGGCUCAAGUUCAUUCUCUGCUCCUUAUGAUGCUAAAAUAGUAAAAUUGUGGGUGGGUCUCAAGAGUGUCUUUCUUUUUUGUAAAAUAUUUCUUAAUGUAAUUUAUGAAAGACUGCAUAUUCUAUGGGGUUCCAUCUGUCGAUACCGAAUUAGAGUGUUGAAACUCAACUCACUGUACCAUUGUAUUGUGACCGUUACAUUAAAUUAAAUCGAAUCCAUACCAUUCAUUCA